GGAAAUUUUCAAUUUCUUUUGAGCCCUAUUCCGUCGAAACCAUGACCACCAUCAUAACUGAUGAACCUAAAGGCUACGACCGGGCAAGAGAGUUGAAAGCCUUCGAUGAAACGAAGUCUGGAGUGAAGGGCCUGGUCGAUGCAGGAAUCUCCGAGAUCCCAAGAAUCUUCGUCCAGGAGUCGGUCGAUAAAACCGAUAAGAAUCCGAUGACCCAGUUCAGCAUACCAGUGAUUGACCUUGGGCGUAUAGCCCACGAUCCCAUCCAAAGACAGAGGAUCGCCGAUCAAGUCCGGGAAGCAUCGGAGAAGUGGGGUUUCUUCCAGGUGGUGAACCAUGGGAUCCCUGUUGACGUCCUUGAGGAGAUGAAGGAAGGGGUGAGGCGGUUCUAUGAGCAGGAUGAGGAAGUGAAGAAAGAGUACUACACAAGGGACAUUACUCGGAAAUUGGUAUAUAAUAGCAAUUUUGACCUAUAUACCGCCUCUGUUGCCAAUUGGAGAGACACAUUUUUCUGCUACAUGGCUCCGAAUCCUCCAAAGCCCGAGGAAUUGCCUGAAGCUUGCAGGGAUAUACUGAUUGCAUACUCGAACCAAGUCAUGAACCUCGGCCACCUUCUUUUUGAGAUACUCUCGGAGUCUCUUGGGUUGAGACCAGAUCGGCUAAAGGAGAUGGACUGCGCCAAGGGGCUCGUUGCAAUAUGCCAUUACUACCCUCCAUGUCCACAGCCUGAACUUACAAUGGGCACCACCAAGCACACCGACAAUGACUUCCUCACAGUGCUCUUGCAGGACCAAAUUGGAAGGCUCCAGGUUCUCGGUGAUGAUGGCGAAUGGUUUGAUGUCCCUCCCAUCCCUGGUGCUCUAGUAGUCAAUGUCGGGGACCUUCUUCAGCUGAUGACAAAUGACAAGUUCAAGAGCGUAGAGCACAAAGUUCUUGCGAACAAAGCCGGGCCCAGAAUUUCAGUGGCUUGCUUCUUCGGCAAGAGUUUUCAGCCAUCCGAGAAGCUGUUCGGGCCCAUAAGAGAACUCUUAUCGGAAGACAAGCCUCCACUCUACAAAGAGACCACGAUCACAGAGUACCUCGCCUACUUCAAAGAGCAUGGGCUUGAUGGAACUUCUCCCCUGAGACACUUCAAGUUGUGAACUGUAUCUUGUCUAUUUUCUACGAUUCAUUUGCUCUUGAAUCUCGGCAGGUAAUGACAGCCCAUCGGGAGUGCUCCAGUAAUUCCCAAAACGGUUGUUAGAUGCGUGUCAAAUUUGGUGCGAAUGCCACUACACUGGAAAUAUGUACGGCGUCUUAUUUGUUUAUAUGUCUCUUUUGGCCAAAGCAUUUCUGCUGUUUAUUCA